AUGGUUGUUCUCAAAUCUCUCACUAAUUCCCAAAACAUUACCUUAGAAUUUUUAACCGAGAUUGCUAAUAUUAAGUUAGUUGAAGAAGUUGUUAUCUCUUUUCAUGGUCUCUCCCAAGACCCUCUUACUAAAAAUUAUGUGAUGGCUUAUCCUUAUCCAAGCACGAAUGAGUUAGAUUUAUCUUUAAAAAUAUGUAAUGAUGCUGACCCUGCCCAGAGACCCAGUGCUGGGAAUUUGAACGGGAUUGUUGGUAGUUGGAAUGAUGAAGUUAGAGACAAAAAAAACGCUCCUUUCUACCAACAAUACCAAUCCCUAGAACAAGAAUACAACCUUUUCUCCCAAAACACUCCUUACCAAAUCCAUCCCACAGCCAUUACUACUAGUAAACCAAUAAAUACUAAACAAAUCACUCAAUUAUUAGCCUCUAAGGAUUUAGAACUAAACCUAGAUAAUCUUAACAUUCAAGAAGAACCAGAACAAACAUCCCAAAUAGAAAUUCCUCCUAAAAACAACUAA